AUGCAUCUUCAAGCAAGAUCAAAGAUAUCACAAACCUUAAAAUCCUUCACUUAUGCAAAUAAGGUAUUUAGUAGUACUCGUAUUAAUUCUGUUUCACGUGCUUAUUGUUCCUUUAAACCACCCCUUGAUUUCCAAAACCCUAAUGAUCACUUAUUAACCUUUGAUCAUUUCUGCAAAGACCGAAAACUUAAAGAAGCAGUAAAGACUUUGGGUUUACUUGAACAACACAACGUGUCGGUUGAUAUACCUAGAUAUAUGUUUUUGAUGCAUGAAUGUGGUGAAGCUAAGGCACUUGAAGAAGCUAAGUAUGUCCAUGAACAUAUCACAAGAACGUCGGUAGUAGAUGUUCUUGAUGUUCGUGUUUGUAACGUAAUCUUGGAGAUGUAUGCCAAGUGUGGGUCGAUGGAAGAUGCAUAUAAGUGGUUCAAUAAUAUGACUCAACGAAAUUCGACAUCAUGGAAUACCAUGAUAACAUGGUUUGCUAAAAAUGGUUGUGGUGAAGAUGCGAUAGAUAUGUUUACAGAGUUUAAAAAAUUAGGGUUAAAGCCGGAGAAGGAGAUGUUUUUUGGCGUGUUUAGUGCGUGUGGUGUGUUGGGAGAUAUGAAAGAAGGGUUGCUGCAUUUUGAGUCGAUGAGGAAGUGUUAUGAUAUUGUUCCGUCUAUGGAUCAUUAUAAGAGUGUAGUGGAUAUGUUAGGGAGUGCGGGGUAUUUGAAUGAAGCGUUGGAGUUUAUUGAGAAAAUGCCUAUGGAGCCGAGUGUGGAAAUUUGGGAAACCAUGAUGCAUAAUUGUUGGGUUCAUGGAGAUAUAGAAUUUGGAGACCGUUGUGCUGAGAUCAUAAAGGCUUUAGAACCUUCUCGUUUGGAUGAACAGUUGAAGGCAGGUCUUAUACCGACUAAACUUCAUGAGUUUAGAGCUAGAGAUACAUCUCAUCCUGAUCAUGUGAAGUUAUUUAAUCAACUUAGAUGCUUAAAAGGACCUAUGAAAGAGGUCGGGUAUGUUCCCCACCUUAAAUGUGUACUUCAUGAUAUCGACCAAAAAAGCAAGGAGGGGGGUCUUCCACCACAUAGUGAACUACUUGCUUUAUCUCGGGAACUAUUGACAAGCCCACCUCGUGCACCAAUACGCAUAAUAAAAAAUCUCCGCAUUUGUAUUGAUUGCCAUGAUGCAUUGAAGAUUGUUUCUAAGUUGGCUGGAAGACUAAUUGUUGUAAGGGCUAAUAAAAGGUUUCAUCAUUUCGAAGAUGGUGUAUGUUCUUGUGGAGAUCUCUGGUGAUAGUAUAUAUUCUUUUGCUAAAC